AUUUGGGUUAUUAGGGGGUUGAGUUUGAAGGAAAGAGGAAUUAGGGUUUUUCUUCUGUGUGUAGACAAUUACAAAUUACAGACAGAAAGAACAAGAGAGAGUUAAAUUUGGGAAGCAAAGAUGAGUGGCGGAGACGAUUCAAUCGAGCAAGCUGUUACUUCCCGUCGGGAAAGGCUUCUAGCUCUCAGAACCGCCAAAGAAUUGUUACUUUCUUCCAAUCGUGAAGCUAGCGAUACUAAUCAAGACGAAGAUCCACAAUCACCGCCUACUGUUUCUGAAGACGAUGAAGAACAAGAACAAGAAGAGGAAAAACUGAGCAUGAAGUUUCGUAAUUAUGUUCCUCACGAUAAAGAUCUUCAGGAAGGGAAGCUUGCACCUGCAGUGCUUCCAAAGUUUGAAGAUCCUGUUUCUGUUCCUGAGCCCGAGCCUCAACCCACUGAGGAUCCGUUUCUCAAUAUUGCUCCCAAAAAGCCCAACUGGGACCUGCGCAGAGACGUCCAGAAGAAGCUUGAUAAGCUUGACAAGCGAACUCAGAAGGCUCUCUAUCAACUCAUGCUGGAACAAGAGAAGCAAAAUCAGCUGGCCGAAGGAGAUUAUAUAAAUGACGUCAAAGAUUAGGCUAUGAUGCUGCAGCAGUAAAGAUAUAUUGUUGCAGUAUUUUGAAUUAGAAUCAGAUACAUAUGCUCUUUUGCAAAUUCUCAGCGAAUGUUGAGUGAAUGUUGCAUCAUUCACUUCACUUUUAUUGGCCAAGCAUGGAUGUGGAAGAACUGUUUUAGAGGUCAAACCUUGUGGCAUUCCUAAAGCCGGUAUUGAAAUUUUAUCAUGUAUAACAUUGUUAAAGUUUCAAGUAUCUAAUAUGUAAAGAUUUUACUUGUUUGUUUUGUAAGUUUGGCAAAGUGCUUGGACUAAGAACCAUAUACUUGCUUAAUUAAUGGGUUAGCAUAAA